AUGACAACUACACCAUCCGAAACACCGCCUUACAAUUACUGCAACAUCUCAGCAAAUGUCAGUCAAUAUGAAAUCAAUAAUACCGAGGUUAUGAAACAAAGACCGAGUUUAUUGCAUCGAAUAACCGAUUUGUUUAAACGUGUACAUCCUUCUGAAAAUAUCUCGAUCGAAAUGAAUGGAUCAACACAAGGAGACGAUCAAAAUGAUGAUGUGGAAAAAGAAGGAAAUGGCUUGCAUCGAAAAUUAAGUAAUCGACACUUGCAAAUGAUUGCUAUAGGUGGAACAAUUGGUACUGGUCUCUUUGUCGGUUCGGGCUCUGCUCUUGCGUCUGGAGGUCCUGCUGCACUCACUCUUGAUUUUUUAAUCAUUGGUUUCGUGCUUUUCAACGUUUGUAUGGCACUUGGAGAGUUAGCUGUUAUUUUUCCUGUUUCUUGA